GAGCGCUUAAGAGAAAGUAGUGGCGGGGCCGGAGCCCGGCGGAGCCCGCGGAGCGGCGGUGGCAGGAGCAGGAACCGGAGCGCCGCCGCGCCGGCAGCCGGAGAUGCCCUGCAUCCAGGCACAGUACGGCACCGCGGGCACUGGCCCCUGUGAGCGCUGCCCGGCCGAGCUGCUCAGCCUUGAAGGCGGCCGAUUCCCCAUGGAAGUGGCUGGAGCCGAUCUGACGGCCGCCCCUGCCCUGCCCAGCUUCAGCACCUUCAUGGAGGGCUACGCCGGCGAGUUUGACGCCUUCCUCUACCAGCUGCCAGCAAGCGGCCAGUCCAGCGCCGCCACCGCCUUCAAGCUGGAGGACUUCCAGGUUUACGGCUGCUACCCCAGCGCCUUCGGUGGGCAGCCGGACGAGGCCCUCUCCUCCAGUGGCUCGGACUGCUACGGGAGCCCCUGCUCCAUCCCCUCGCCCGCCACGCCAGGCUUCCAGCCUCCACAGGCCCCAGGCUGGGAGGGCUCCUUCGGGGCGUACUCACCGCUACCGAACUACGAGGGUGGGCAGCCCUGGGCAGAGCCAGCCAAGGGCGGGGGGUCACAGCCCCCCUUCUUUGCCUUCGGCCCCCCGGCCCCCAGCCCAGGUGGGUCCCCUGUGACCCUGAAGGGGCAGCCAGGCCCCGCACCCUGUGUGGACCCGCGGCUGCUGGACACGGACGCCUUCCCCCCGAGCCAAGGUCCUGCCAGGGGUUUCGCGGGGCUGCCCCUGGCCCCCACCUCCCCGCUGCUGGAGGGGCCGGCGCUGGCGCCCACCAAGGUGCGCAGCCCCGGGGCGGGCGAGGGUCGCUGCGCCGUCUGCGGGGAUAACGCGUCCUGCCAGCACUACGGUGUGCGCACCUGCGAGGGCUGCAAGGGCUUCUUCAAGCGCACAGUGCAGAAGAAUGCCAAGUACAUCUGCCUGGCCAACAAGGAUUGCCCUGUGGACAAGCGGCGCAGGAACCGCUGCCAGUUCUGCCGCUUCCAGAAGUGCCUGGCCGUCGGCAUGGUCAAAGAAGUGGUCCGGACCGACAGCCUGAAAGGGCGGCGGGGCCGUCUCCCCUCCAAGCCCAAACAGCCGCCAGAUGCGUCCCCCGUCAGCCUCAUCACCUCGCUGGUGCGGGCACACAUCGACUCCAUCCCCAGUGCCACCAAGCUCGACUACUCCAAGUUCCAGGAGUCAGCACCGCGCCCGUUUGAGAAGGAGGACUCGGUGGACGUGCAGCAGUUCUAUGACCUGCUCACCGGCUCCAUGGACGUCAUCCGCAAGUGGGCUGAGAAGAUCCAGGGAUUCUCCGAGCUGCCCAAGGAGGACCAGGACCUUCUGCUGGAGUCAGCCUUCCUGGAGCUCUUCAUCCUGCGCCUGGCAUACCGCUCUAAGCCAGAGGAAGGGAAACUCAUCUUCUGCAACGGGGUGGUGCUGCACCGGCAGCAGUGCGUGCGCGGCUUCGGAGAGUGGAUCGACGCCAUCCUCGAGUUCUCCCAGAGCCUGCACCGCAUGAGCGUCGACGUCCCCUCCUUCUCCUGCCUUGCCGCCCUCGUCAUCAUCACAGGUGAGACCCCCCCCAGCUCCAGGCUGGCUGCUGUCCCCAUCCCCACCUCGUGUCUGUUGCCGCGGUCCCACACCCUGUGUGUAACCCCAGACCGGCAUGGGCUGAAGGAGCCGAAGCGGGUGGAGGAGCUGCAGAACCGCAUCGUGGGCUGCCUCAAGGACCACGUGGCAGCAGCAGGGGCCGAGCCCGGGCGCUCCAGCUGCCUCUCCAAGCUGCUGGGGAAGCUGCCGGAGCUGCGCAGCCUCUGCACCCAGGGCCUCCAGCGCAUCUUCUACCUCAAGCUGGAGGACCUGGUGCCGCCACCGCCCAUCGUUGACAAGAUUUUCAUGGACACUCUGCCUUUCUGAGUCCCGGGCAAGGGGCUGCCACGAGCCCCUGACCUGCCUGGGGACAUCUGGAACCCGCCCUGGGCAACCCUGGUUCAGUCCGAGGAUGCCUGGGAACCCCCUGGGCACUCCUGGGUCACCCCUGGCAUGCCUGGAACAUCUCCUGUGUACCCCUAGAUCAACUGUGGGAUGUUUGGGACCCCGCCUUGGUCACCCCUGGGUCACUCCCAGGAUGCCUGGAACUGGCCCUGGUCACUCCUGGAUCAGUCCUGGGAUGCCCAGGACCUCCCUGUGGACUCCUGAAUGACCUCUGGGACACCUGGGACCUCCCCGGGCCAUCCCUAAGACCCUAUGUACACCCCUGGAUCACCCCCAGAACACCUGGAACUCCUCUUGAAUCACCCCCAGAAUGCCUGGGACCCCCCCUAGGUCAUCCACAGGAUGCCUGGGACCCCCUGGGCACACCUAGGUGGCCCCUGGGAUGCCUGGGACCACCCCUACAUCACUCCAGGAAUGCCUGGGAUCCCCUCUGGAUCACUCCCAGGAUAUCUGGGUCCCCCCUCAGAUGCCUGAGUCUUCUUGGGGGCACCCUUGGGGGUGCCCCAUGUGCCUUCACGGCCCAGGGCACAGCCCCACAGCAGCCCCGGUGCCGUCUUCCCCGAGGGCAUUGCCGGCGCGGUGCCCCCUUUCCCUGUAAAAAUGCCCCUGAUGUAAAUAGCGCCAGCCGGGUCCUGUACAGAGUGGGGGGCGUGGGCGAGGGGUGGCUCCGGCCCCCCCAACCGCGGCCCCUUCCCCUUUAUAUAUAUUUUUCUGGGUUUCCCUCUUUUUGGCCAUUUUCUGUAUAUAAACUUGUACGUACAGCGAGA